AUGGUUCGCUUAGGUCCAAAACCUCCACAACAUAGGAAAGGCACAUACAGAUAUGUUCCCCAAGAACUUUUAGAUGAAUUAAAAGUACUUGAGACUCAGUUGACUUUGUCAUCCGAAGUCUUGCGUAAGAUAACGAAACAUUUCAUUUCUGAAUUGGAGAAAGGAUUAUCGAAGAAAGGCGGUAACAUCCCGAUGAUACCUGGUUGGGUUAUGGAUUAUCCCACUGGUAAAGAGACAGGAUCAUACUUGGCUAUAGACUUAGGAGGAACAAAUUUGAGAGUGGUCUUGGUGAAGUUGACUGGUGACCGUAAGUUCGACACUACGCAGUCGAAAUUUGCUUUACCGAAGGGUAUGAGAACCUCUACUUCUGACAAGCUUUGGAAAUUUAUCGCUGAGUGUUUGAGGACAUUUAUUGAGGAAGAAUUUCCUGACGGAGUAUCUUCUCCAUUACCUUUGGGAUUCACAUUCUCUUACCCUGCUUCCCAGAGAUCUAUUGAUACUGGUGUCUUGCAAAGAUGGACCAAAGGUUGGGAUAUCGACGGUGUGGAAGGAAAAGAUGUUGUACCAAUGUUACAACAUGCAAUUAAGGAUUUUGAUGUUCCAAUCGAAAUUGUUGCAUUGAUUAAUGAUACCACUGGAACCUUGGUUGCAUCAUUGUAUGCGGAUUCUGAAACAAAAAUGGGAUGUAUUUUUGGUACUGGUUGUAAUGGUGCCUACUAUGAUGUUGUUUCACAAAUUCCAAAAUUAGAAGGUAAGGUUCCAGAAGAUAUUUCUCAGGAUUCUCCAAUGACAAUUAACUGUGAGUAUGGUUCCUUUGACAAUGAGCUUGUCGUCUUGCCGAGAACUAAGUAUGAUGAUCAAAUUGACAAGGAGUCACCAAGACCUGGACAGCAAUCAUUUGAGAAAAUGAUCUCUGGCUACUAUUUAGGUGAGGUUUUGAGAUUGAUCUUGAUAGACUUAUCGUCAAGAGGUUUAAUUUUUAAGGAUCAAGAUUUGACCAAGUUGAACGAAAAAUUUAUCAUGGACACCUCAUUCCCAGCUAAGAUCGAAGAAGAUCCAUUUGAGAAUUUGAGUGACACUGAGGAAUUAUUCGAUCAAGUUUUGGGCAUCAAAACAACUGAGGGUGAAAGGCAAGUCAUUUGCCGUUUGGCUGAGCUUAUCGGUGAAAGAUCCGCUAGAUUGUCAAUCUGUGGUAUUGCUGCAAUUUGCCAAAAGAGAGGUUAUGAGACAGCUCACAUAGCAGCAGAUGGAUCUGUUUUCAAUAAAUAUCCUAACUUCAAGGAAAGGGCUGCAAAGGGAUUGAGAGAUGUCUUUGGAUGGGAAUCCAAAGAAGAUCCCAUUAUCAUUGUCCCUGCGGAAGAUGGUUCUGGUGUGGGUGCAGCUGUUAUCGCUGCAUUGACUGAAAAGAGGUUAAAAGAAGGUAAGUCCGUGGGGUUAAAGUAA